UCUUGGAUGAGCCACCAUGUUUACACCUCUCUCUGAGUUGGAUCAUGAAUUAAUUAUUUGCAAGUGAUGCUGAAAGAGAGUUGGAAGCAAUUCUAGGCUUUCAGCAUCAGCAUAAAUAGAUUUCGGACUUUGCCGUGGAGGCUGCAGGUUGCAAUGGCUCAGGAGUCAACUUGGAGCUCGUUUGAUGCUACAAUGCUUGCUGAGGAGGAGUCCCGAAUGAUCGCACAAUUGCUCAGCAACUACCAGUGUUUUGGCGAGCCAGAUCGAGAUGUUGGAUGCUGUGAACUCCCGCCAUCGUCUUGUUGUUCUUCUCAUGCAGCUGAUUCAUGUUGCUGUUGGUCAGCAAAUGAGACCAGCAACCCCAGUUUGUGCUACUGGUCUCAGAGUGGAGAUGAAUCCGAUGGAGCACAUGCAAUCGGCACUGUGCCGGUCUUCACGAACCAUUGCUUGGUGGGAGAUCAAGUCGCUGUGAAUCAAACUUUGAGCAUGCACGAACCUACUGCUGCUCAUGCAGAGAUGCCAAAGCGCAAGAGAGAGUCUCAUGCUUCUGAAGGUGAUUUCCGUCGUCAAAGUUCUAAGAAAAAGCUUCAGGCUCCGACGAAUGUGCAGGCUCUGAAGAACGUGAAGAAGGCACGACCUGGGAGGAACCAGAAGAGCAUUGUGUGUGGUGACGAGGAAGAGAACAAUGCUAGGAGCAGUGGCCGGAGUUGCUGCAGCCACAGCUCUGAGGAAGACUCACAAGCUUUCCAGGCUGAUCUUAAUGCGAAAACACGAUCGAAUCGAUGGCCGGCCACGGAUCCUCAAAGCCUCUAUGCAAGGCAAAGAAGGGAAAGAAUCAAUGCUAGAUUGAGGACAUUGCAGAACCUGGUGCCUAAUGGAACUAAAGUUGACAUUAGCACAAUGCUCGAAGAAGCUGUUCGUUACGUCAAGUUCUUGCAGCUGCAGAUAAAGCUUUUGAGCUCGGAUGAGCUGUGGAUGUACGCUCCUGUUGUCCACGGCGGGAUGAUUGAUGGCCGAGUCAACUCAGAGAUAUUUGUGUCUGCAAAUACUUGUAAUGAGUGGUUCUGAGUCAAUGCAGUAAAUAAUUUGAACUCUGGUUAAUAAGCAACAUCACUGUCCUUUUGAUGAGCUUGUUGUACAUGAAGUCUCACACACCAGAAGACUGAAGUCAACUUAGUAUCUUUCCGUUGUGUCGUG